GGCAUACUAUGUGGCCUAGCGGCAUCAUUCAUUUUUUCUCUCAUGUCUGCAUGUGUUAAGCUGUCCUCCUAUCGCUUCUUUCUGAUCGUAGUCGUUAGAAGUAUGACUCAAAUCCUAUUUCUGCAGCCACUCAUGGUUUAUCAGAGAACCAAUUUAAAAAGCAGCCUCAAACCACCUCAAGCUUAUUAUGUAUUUGGUAGGGCGAUUGGUGAAACAGUGGCCGUAUGUUGCCAAUUUUAUGCUUAUCAGAAUAUGAACAUUGGUGAUGCAGCUGCAAUUGUCUAUUCGUCUCCGUUUAUCACUGGUAUUUUGGCAGCUAUCUUUUUGAAGGAAAGAUUUACAUUGUUUCAUUUUCUGGCCACAAUUGUCAGUUUUGGUGGAGUGAUCUUAGUUGCGAGGCCACCAUUUAUCUUUGGAUCUCUAGCAGGUGAUACAACUCAAACUCAUUUUGCAGUAGCUGGUAUUGCAUUCUGUGGAACUAUCUGCAACAGCCUUGGUAUUUUGAGCGUCAGAAAACUUGGUAAUACUGUCGAUGGGAAUGCCCUGACGUAUUACUUUUCCAUCAUAUGUUGCACAGCGCCAUUGAUCAUCACCGCUGUUACCGGAGAAUUUGAAUUGCCGCCUUGUGGCAGUGCAAGAUGGCUGCUACUUUUUAUUGGUCUAUUAGGUUUUGUUGGCCAACUGGUCUUUGUAAAAGCGAUCCAAUUAGAGGAAGCUAUGUUAAUAGCGGUAAUCAGAACUCUUGAUGUCUUGUUUGGCUAUAUUCUAGAAAUAAUUAUAUUCGGCUCUAUACCGUCAAUUCUGUCAAUUAUCGGCUCACUUUUGGUAGUAUCUUCAGCAUGUACUGUAGGAUUGAAUAAAGUUUAUGGGACAUCGUGGAUUUAUGGGAGUUGUAAACAAUCCCACAACGAUGGAAAAACUACAGAGCAAUCCAUGGUUGCAGCGAAUCAAAGCCGGCACUGCAGAGAAACGCAAUUAUAGAAAUUGUUAUUUCAUGAUCGUAGUUAUUUGAUAUUCCUGAUUAUAUUCUUAUGGAUGAGCUGAUUUUCAUUGCUAGUGUAAGCUAUGAUACAGUCCGUUAAUAAAUAGUUGCUCCAGCUGUCAGGAACGUUAAGCUACCCUUUCUGUAGACGAGGUUGGAGCAACGUCGAUAUUCCGUCGCUCGUAAAUUAUCAUAGAAGCAUCCCGUAAUUUUAUUAAAUUCUGAAGACUGUGUGUGUGUAAAAGACUAAUAUGCGUAGUUGUGGUAUCCUGAUUGGUAGUAGAUCGAUGAUCAUAUUAAAAAUUAAUUCAAAAAUAAAAAUUCAAAAAUAAUAAUAGCAUCUUUGUGAAUUUAUCUUGUAAGUUAUCCUUUGAGCACCCUCUUUCUGUACUGCUCUACGGUGCGGAAUAUAUUGAAGUCAUUCAUUUAAUUAAUACAUAGAUGAAAACUAGCUCCAGCCUCUGUACUGGAGUUCAUAACGCUAUAUAUAUAUAAUAAGAAGAAUUUAUAUAUUAACGAAAACUGUGAAUUACAUAUUAUGGCUAUUACGGCUAUACAAUAUAACUUGCCCGUAAACUGAUUGCAUAAUCUCU